AUGUCCACGACGAGAGCUGAUAACACACCACCCGAUUCGGCGGGCUCGACAAGGAGUCGUAAAUCUGCAUGGGAGGACAGCAACCCAGGUGCACAACAACAGGAACAGCAGCAACAACAACAGCAACAGAAUGUUGACUCAAGUAAUACAAAACUGAACGUAGACAACAAAAAUAAGGGAGAACCAAAUUUGACAUCGUCGAGACCUGCUAGUGCAACGUCUAUUCUGAGCUCUCGGUCACGCAAAUCCGCCUGGGAAAAAGAGGCAGAGAACCCGGAACCCACUGUUCGGACCCGACUAUCGAGGGGAGCCAGGCCUGAGAUAAAAAAUGGUCGAUCAAAAAACGGUGAUAUUAGGUUGAAGUCUGUGGAACUGGAAGAGAAAAAGGACAGAGAUGCAGAGUCGAUUCUUAACAAUGAGGGAACAUGUACAGACUCGUUGAGGGAAUUCUCCAAGGUGUUCAGAUCUAAAAAAUUCAAAUCAGAAAAACUUGAACGUUUAUAUCAAAGAUAUUUUUUCAGCCUGAACAAAAGCAGCUUGAUGUGCCUAAUUGGCUUAAUAGCUCUUGUUUGUAUUGUGAUGAUAAUUUUCUACUAUGGCCCUGGGAACACUUCAUGGGUUAGAGGAGUUAUUCUCGGAGUUUUCUUCAUAUUCCUUGUUGGGCUGCAGUUUUUUUGUAAUCGCAGCGGCUUUUCUCAGCGACAACUCAGUAUCGUCUGUUACAUAAUAAUCAUUCUCCUGUGUAUUAUUAUACUGGUUGCUGUGCUGUCUGCGGUGCCAUCUUCGGCUACAGCUGCUGUUUGGUGUACCAUCUUCUUUAUCUACAUGAUCUACACGUUACUGCCCGUGAGGAUGAGGCUAGCGGUCCUAGGCGGGUGCUGUCUUGCACUCUUUCAUAUUGUUUGUGCAGCAGCAAAUAACAGCGGCGACUGGUUUCUAUGGAAACAGAUUGUAGCCAAUGUCUUGGUGUUUGCCUGUGCCAACUUAGCAGGUAUUUUCACACAUUAUCCAACAGAAGUUGCCCAGAGGCAGGCCUUUCUGGAGACAAGGAAAUGUAUAGAAGCCAGAUUAAACUCGCAGAGGGAAAACCAGCAACAGGUAUGAAGCUCUCAUUUCAUGUAUCCGUUGUCAGUUUCCUCUGGUUACCGGUAAUUUAUAUUGGACAAACCCGGGGAUUGUCCAUUUUCCCUUUAUUGCACAGAGCUUCAUAUUAAUUUUUGCAUACUAUUUUAUUGCAGUAUCUUAUUUGCUGAUAUUGAAGGGUUUACAAGGCUAUCAUCACAAUGUACAGCUCAAGAACUUGUGAAAAUUCUUAAUGAAUUAUUUGCAAGAUUUGACAAACUCGCUCAAGAGAAUCACUGUCUACGGAUAAAAAUCUUAGGUGACUGUUAUUAUUGUGUGUCUGGCUUACCAGAACCAAGACCAGAUCACGCACACUGCUGUGUAGAAAUGGGACUGGAUAUGAUAGAUGCCAUAGCUGUUGUGAGGGAAGUAACUGGAGUAAAUGUCAAUAUGCGAGUAGGUAUUCACAGCGGUCGUGUCCAUUGCGGUGUUCUGGGACUACGUAAAUGGCAGUUUGAUGUGUGGUCUAAUGAUGUUAGUUUGGCAAACAACAUGGAAGCUGGUGGUAGGCCGGGACGUGUUCAUAUCACGGAAGACUCAUUGGAAUGCUUGAACGGUGACUACGAAGUGGAACCAGGACAUGGAAUUGAAAGAAAUAGUUAUCUAAGAGAUAAUAACAUUGAUACGUUCCUCAUUGUGGCCCAACAUCCAAGAAAAAAGAUGCAGGAUACCAUCAAUUUUGACUGGCCAGUCAGUGGAGAGGAUGGCAAAAAGAACCAAUUGAACCCUUGUAAUUCACCACUUUCCAACAACAGAGGGCGAUCUUCAUCUGUGGCUCAAUUGGAAGGGUGGGGUGCUGAAAAACCAUUUGCGAACUUCAUGGCCAGUUCGGGAAAGGAGAUUCGACAGAUGGGCUACGUUGAGAAUGAUCUUCGACCAGGAGAAGCAAAUAUCCAUAACAAACUUGGAUUGGGUGAUUAUCAAGAUAAACAAGACCCAGAUGAUGAGGUCAACGAAUUCCUUGGCCGUGCAAUUGAUGCUCGAAGUAUUGAUAGAUUAAGGUCUGAACAUGUGAAAAGGUUUACAUUGGCAUUCAGGAAAAAAGAUCUUGAAGACAAGUAUUCUAAAGUACGAGAUCACAUGUUUAAUUCAUACAUGGUUUGCGCACUAGCCAUACUAGUGUUUAUUUGUUUAACACAACUCAGUAUCUUGCCAUUGUUCCAUUUAUGUUGGGAGAAGUUAGGAUUCAUGGUGGGAGAGGCAAUAUUUAUGGUGGGAAAGGCAGGAUUUGUGCUGGGAGAGGCAGAAUUCAUGGUGGGUGUGGCAGAAUUUAUGAUGGGAGAGGCAGGAUUCAUGGUGGGUGUGGCAGGAAUUAUGGUGGGAGUGGCAGGAUUUAUGGUGGGAGAGGCAGGAUUUAUGGUGGGAGAGGCAGGAUUUAUGGUGGGAAUGGCAGGAUUCAUGGUGGGAGAGGCAGGAUUUAUGGUGGGAAUGGCAGGAUUCAUGGUGGGAGAUGCAGGAUUUAUGGUGGGUGUGGCAGAAUUUAUGGUGGGAGAAGCAGGAUUUAUUGUGGGAGAGGCAGGAUUUAUAGUGGGAGAGGCAGGAUUCAUGGUGGGAGAGGCAGGAUUCAUGGUGGGAGAGGCAGGAUUUAUGGUGAAAGAGGCAGGAUUUAUUCGGAGGGCAGGAUUCAUGGUGGGGAGGCAGGAUUCAUGGUGGGAGUGGCAGGAUUCAUGGAUUCAUGGUGGGGAGGCAGGAUUCAUGGUGGGAGUGGCAGGAUUCAUGGUGGGAGUGGCAGGAUUUAUGAUGGGAGAGGCAGGAUUUAUGGUGGGAGAGGAAGGAUUCAUGGUGGAAGAGGCAGGAUUCAUGGUGGGAGUGGCAGGAUUCAUGGUGGGAGAGGCAGGAUUUAUGGUGGGAGAGGCAGGAUUCAUGGUGGGAGAAGCAGGAUUUAUUGUGGGAGAGGCAGGAUUUAUAGUGGGAGAGGCAGGAUUCAUGGUGGGAGAGGCAGGAUUCAUGGAUUCAUGGUGGGUGUGGCAGGAUUCAAGGUGGGAGGGGCAGGAUUUAUGGUGGCAGAGGCAGGAUUUAUUCAGGGGCAGGAAUUAUGGUGGGAGUGGCAGGAUUCAUGGUGGAAGAGGCAGGAUUCAUGGUGGAGGUAGCAGGAUUCAUGGUGGAGGUGGCAGGAUUUAUGGUGGCAGAGGCAGGAUUUAUGGUGGGAGUCGCAGGAUUUAUGGUGUGAGUGGUCAGAUUUAUGGUGGUAGAGGCAGGAUUCAUGGUGGGAGAGGCAGGAUUCAUGGUGGGAGAGGCAGGAUUCAUGGUGGAGGUGGCAGGAUUUAUGAUGAGAGAGGAAGGAUUCAUGGUGGGAAAGGAAGGAUUUAUGGUGGGAGAGGCAGGAUUCAUGGUGGGGUGUCAGGAUUCAUGAUGGGAGAGGCAGGAUUCAUGGUGGGAGAGGCAGGAUUCAUGGUUGAGGUGGCAGGAUUCAUGAUGGAUGAGGAAGGAUUCAUGGUGGGAGAGGCAGGAUUCAUGGUAGGCAAGAUUCAUGGUGGAGGUGGCAGGAUUCAUAAUGGGAGAUGGAGUAUUCAUGGUGGGAGAGGAAAGAUUUAUGGUGGGAGAGGCAGGAGUCAUGUUGGAGGUGGCAGGAUUCAUGGUGGAGGUGGCAGGAUUUGUGGUGGGAGAGGCAGGAUUCAUGGUGGUGGCAGGAUUCAUGGUGGGAGAGAAAGGAUUCACGGUGGGAGAGGCAGGAUUCAUGGUGGAGGUGUAGGAUUCAUGAUGGGAGAGGGAGGAUUCAUGGUGGAGGUGGCAGGAUUCAUGGAGGUCGCAGGAUUCAUGGUAGGAUUGGCAGGAUUCAUGGUGGAGAUGGCAGAAUUCAUGGUGGGAGUGGCAGAAUUUAUGGUGGGAGAGGCAGGAUUUAUGGUGGGAGAGGCAAGAUUUAUGGUGGGAGAGGCAGGAUUCACGGUGGGAGAGGCAGGAUUCAUGAUGGAAAGGCAGAAUUCAUGGUGCAGGAUUUAUGGUGGGAGAGGCAGGAUUCAUGGUGGAGGUGGCAGGAUUCAUGGAGGUGGCAGGAUUUAUGGUGGGAGUGGCAGGAUUCAUGGUGGGAGUGGCAGGAUUCAUGGUGGGAUUGGCAGGAUUCAUGGUGGAGAUGACAGGAUUCAUGGUGGGAGUGGCAGAAUUUAUGGUGGGAGAGGCAGGAUUUUUGGUGGGAGAGGCAGGAUUUAUGGUGGGAGAGGCAGGAUUUAUGGUGGGGUGGCAGAAUGUAUGGCGGGAGUGGCAGGAUUUAUGGUGGGAGUGACAGGAUUUAUUGUGGGAGUGGCAGGAUUCAUGAUGGGUGAGGAAGGAUUCAUGGUGGGAGAGGCAGGAUUCAUGGUGGUGGCAAGAUUCAUGGUGGGAGAGAAAGGAAUCACAGUGGGAGAAGCAGGAUUCAUGGUGGAGGUGGUAGGAUUCAUGAUGGGAGAGGGAGGAUUCAUGGUGGAGGUGGCAGGAUUCAUGGAGGUGGCAGGAUUCAUGGUAGGAUUGGCAGGAUUCAUGGUGGAGAUGGCAGGAUUCAUGGUGAAGGUGGCAGGAUUCAUGGUGGGAGAAGCAGGGUUUAUGUACUUCACUUUCUGUGUCUUUUUGGUGAUGCUGGCUUGUGCAAUGUUCCAACAGAUGAGUUCAAUUGUCAAGCUGUGUUUGAUGACAACGCUUGGUCUCAUCUAUGUCAUUAUAAUAGAGAUUCCAUACUCCAGUGUCUUGGAUAACAGAGAUCUCCUGAUACAGUCACAUGGUAUUGUGCAUAUUGAUGAGGUAUGUGUGCAUAUUGAUGAGGUAUGUGUGCAUAAUGAUGAGUUAUGUGUGCAUACUGAUGAGAUAUGUGUGCAUAUUGACAAGGCCAAGGAAGAAAAAGAGGAAAUGGAAGAUCUGCAAGCAUACAACAAACGUCUUUUGAAUAAUAUACUGCCUUCAUUUGUAGCGGAGUACUUUCUGCGACAUGAUACUAAGGAUUCAGAUCUUUACUACCAAGAUUGUGAAUGUGUCUGUGUCAUGUUUGCAUCAAUUACGAACUUUUCAGAAUUUUAUGUUGAACUAGAAGGAAACAAUGAAGGGGUUGAAUGUCUUCGGUUGUUAAACGAGAUCAUUGCUGAUUUUGAUGAGAUUAUUGGUGAGCCUCAAUUGAGCAAUAUUGAAAAGAUCAAAACUAUUGGUUACACGUACAUGGCAGCGUCUGGUCUGACGGAUGAAACAAACGACAAAAUUGGCAAAACUCAUGUGGCUGCGAUGGCGGAAUAUGCUUUCCGAAUCAGAGAUCAGCUGGCCUAUGUUAAUGAACAUUCAUUUAAUAAUUUCAAAAUGAGAGUGGGAUUAAACGUAGGCCCUGUGAUAGCCGGAGUGAUUGGUGCUCGUAAACCACAGUAUGACAUUUGGGGAAAUACCGUAAAUGUCGCUAGUCGUAUGGACAGUACGGGUGUCUCUGACAAGAUCCAGGUGACGCAGGAAACUUAUAACAUACUAUCUCAAAAAGGAUACACAUUGGAAUGCCGAGGGGUCAUCAAAGUCAAGGGCAAGGGUGAAAUGUUGACGUAUUUCUUAACAGGAAGACCCAAGGAAAAACAUUGA